AUGAACCCAUCAGAACCACCUCUUCAAUCGGCCGAGAAGGUCCCUGCUCCUGCCACUACCCCUCAGACGGAGCCGAGCAAUGACAGAACGGAGAGCACCGGCAGUGUCUCGGUCACUUCGCCGGCGAAAAAAGAAGAACGGCCAAGACAGGUUUUGGGUAUGGACAAUAUUGGUUGUUCAAAAGGCAAGAAGAGUGAGGCGAAAUGGACUCCAGAAACGGAGGCUCAGUUCAUACAAUUGAUGCUGGAAGAAGUGCUGAAUCAAAAUUGCGUCGGCGGUAACUUUACUACAGCUCAAUUAAAUGCCAUUGCGAGCAAACUAAAUGAACGAUGUUCCCCCGUCCCACCUUAUGAAGUGAAGCUACUUCAUGGUGACGAGGCUUGGCGCAUAUGGACUCAGAGACACACAAAGGACGAAUAUUUGAAGAACAGAACAUGUCCUCACUACGACGAACUUACCACCAUUUUCAUCGGGAAAACUGCUACUGGUAGUCUGGCAGCAGCUUCUACUCAACUGCCACAGGGGAGAACACGAGUCAGGAGGAGUCCAGCUCCCAUCUCGAAAAAUGAAAUGUUUUCUGAGAGUGGUGAAGGGUACACUCCGGACUGCAGCCGUUUAACUCAUCAUCGUAGAGCUCCAUCCCAGUCCAAUGACACUGUCAUAAAUUCCAUUGCUGAGACACGGAUGGCUCUUCAGCAAGUUGCCAGCGCACAAACGACGACUGAAAGAGCGAUUGCCGAGCUUGAAGCUUAUACAGAUUUGCCGGUCGAUAUUGUCAUGCUUGUGUGUAAAAAGUUUGAAGUCCCUUUUAACCGCAGAAUGAUGUCUGACGUGGAUGAUGAAUGCAAUCAAUACUCCGACCAUGAGGAUUCUUCCGAGCAAGCUGAGCAUGAUUUGGAAAACAGUGGUGAUGACAAUAUCGAUGACUGCGUGGGAACCGAAGAUGAUGUGGCCGAUAGUGCGGAUGACGAUGAAGAAAAAGUACUUGUUUAUGCGGCACAACUUGAUUCACUAUACGAACAACUUGCUACUUUACGAGCGUCCACGUCACAAAGAAGACCACGAAUUAAGAGAAAUCCAGUUGCAUCCACCCCAUUUACUGGAAUGGAUUGGAUUAAUGAAUUGGAACAGUGUGCGUUGCGCGACUCAAUUGCAUCCGCUUUGUGGGCGGAUAGUGGGAACAGACGCGCUUAG